CGCGACUCGGAGCUGGCAGCCCAGUUCCAGCUGCGGGAGGCGGCCCACUACAGUUACCUGAACCAGUCGGGCUGCGUCCGACUGGACGGUUGUGAAGACGCCGAGCGGUUCGACGCGCUGCGGCUGGCGUUCAGCGUGCUGCAGAUCCCGCAGGAAGUGUGCGAUGGCCUCUACUCGACCAUCUCGGCCAUCCUGUGGCUGGGGAACAUCGGGUUCCAGGACGUAGACGGCGAGAAGACGGAGCUGACGGAGGGAGACGUCACCAUCCUGGCCACGGUCUCUCAGCUGCUCGGCCUCGAGGGAGACGACGUGCGCCUGGUGCUGCUCAACAGGCAGAUCAACGUGCGCGGCAACAUCACAGAGAUCCCGCUCAAACCGCACGAGGCCCGCGAGAACCGGCACGCCAUGACCAAGGCGCUCUACUCCCGGACAUUUGCGUGGCUGGUGAACCAGAUCAACACGUGCACAAACCCCGGCCAGGACAGCGGCGCCUUCCUCGGCGUGCUAGACAUCUUCGGCUUCGAGAACUUCGGGAAGAACUCGUUCGAGCAGCUCUGCAUCAAUUACACCAACGAGAAGCUGCACACCUUCUUCAACCACUACGUCUUCGCGCUGGAACAGGAAGCGUAUCGGCAAGAGGAGAUCCAGUUCGCGCACAUCAAGUUCUCAGACAACUCCGAGUGCCUGGAGCUGAUAGAGAAGCCGCCUCGCUGCAUUCUCAAACUGCUCUCCGAGGAAUGCCGAAUGCCAAAGGGCUCUGACGAGACAUACCUCUCCAAACUGCACGUCGAGUUUGAGUCGCACCCGUACUACGUCAAGGGCGAGGACCGACGCCGCUGGGAAUCUGAGUUCAGCAUCCGACACUACGCCGGCCACGUCACCUACACGAUCGCCGGCUUCGUCGACAAGAACCGGGACGCCCAGCAGGAUCUGUUCUUUGACUUCAUGAGCCGGUCCAAGAACAAGUUUGUCGAGGAGCUGGCUCAGUUCCAGGACCUGCUGAGUUGUAUGUCCCGCACCGGCACCAUGAGCAGCACCGUCUCCCGCGGCACCUCCAAGGGCAAGCCGACCGUCAGCGACGCCUUCAGACAGCAGCUGCAGGCGCUGGUCGACCUCCUACAGAUGAGCAAUCCUUGGUACGUGCGGUGCAUCAAACCCAACAGCAAGAAGCAAUCGCGCUGCUACGACGCGCCACUGGUGCUCGACCAGCUCAAGUACCUGGGCAUGCUGGACAUCAUCAAGAUCCGCAAGCAGGGUUUCCCGAUUCACCUGCCGCAUCCAGAGUUCUGCCAGCGGUACCAGUGUCUGACAGGGCGGCGAUGGAGGCAGGCGGCCGCAGCCGAGGGAUGCAGGCACAUCAUGAAGCAACACGGCCUGCCGGAGCGCGAGUGGCAGAUGGGAAAGACCAAGAUCUUCCUCCGCCAUUGCGUACAUGAGCCGCUGGAGGACAAACGGACGGCCCUUGUGCACAAAUCGGCUGUGCGCAUACAGAAAGUAUACAGAGGCUACGUGCGCAGAAAAGCGUACCGGGAGAAGCUGGAGGCGGUCAAAUGUCUGCAGCGCCACUACCGAGCCAAGCGGCAGAGGCUGCUGUACCUGCGACAGCGCCGAGCUGUCAUCGUGCUGCAGAAACACCUGCGCGGCAUGUUCGCUAGAGAGGUGGCCACCGCUCUGCGUGACAUGAAGGUCAUGGAAGAGGAGCGGCAGAGGAGAGAGAAACUCGAGGAGGAGAAGAGGAAAGAGGAGGAGCGGCGACGAGAGCUGGAGGAGGAGGAACGGAGGCGACUCGAGGCGGAGGAACAGCCUCUUCCCCCGCCGGAACCGCAGCAGAACGGAAAGCUGAUGCAGGAGGAGAUUGACGAGAUGACGGAGAUCGCCGACCAGCUCAACAUGAAGCUGGCCGCCGGCGACGCUGAGCGACCGGCCGGAGGUCGCGCCAAGUCCUCCGUCUCUGUCGACCUGGACAACCUGUUCUCGUUCCUCAGCGACAUGAACUCGGGGCAGAGCAGUGUGGUGAACGAGAUCCACCAGAACCUCGAGGAGCUCGAGCUGACCGUGCUGGAGGAGAUGGACGAGCUGACGGGCCGUCGGGCUGCGUCCGGCGGACCCUCGCGCGGCGCGCCCACCCCUCCUCUGCCGCCACCGAGUCCGAUGGCCGAGGACACGGGUGAGGAGCCGACCUCGCUGCCGCCGCCGCCGCCUCCUGCCGACCUCCCCCCGCCUCCACCGGAGCAGGAGUCCGAGCUGCGGGACGGCGAGCCGGGCCCCGAGCUGAUCCUUCCGCCUCCCGGCGAGGAGCUGUACGGCCGGCGCAGCGCCGCGCCGCAGCCGCCGCCCAUUGAGCGCAUUCCCAAAGAGCCCAUCUACGAGAGCAUCCUCGUCAACAAUAAGAAGGCGCCGAGCGACCCGGAGCCGGCGCCGCCGGCCAUCCCGUCGGUGCCGCCGCCGGGCCCGCCGCCCGGCGCGCCGGCUCACCAGGGUGUGGAGAAGGUACAGCGGGCGAGCCGGCACCGCCUGCGCAGUGGGUCGCCGGCCGGACGGGCCCGACUGGCCAGCGGUCAGACGCCGCUCAGCCCCAACCGCAGCCGAAAUAACAGCACCACCAACAGCCGGCGCGCGUCGAUCUCCCAGGAGGAGGACGAGCGGGACCAGCGGCGCCGGCAGCGGGUCGAGCGCAAACUCCAGGAGCUGCAGGAGCUCGAGCGGCAGGGCGACGCCAAGCCGGAACAGCAGGAGCACUUUGAUAUGAUCGAGUUCGCCGAGACAUACUUCAACAUGCACGAGAGGGUGCCCGAGGGCGCCAUCAUCUCGACACUGAGCCGGCGCGGCCGGGGCUGUGUGGACUACCUGCCAAAGUACGAGAUGAUAACGUACACAAAGGUGCCGUGCAUCCCCACCUCGCACGUUCACAUGUACGAUCCGGACGACGUGGACAUCGCCUGUGCCAUCUUCAAGGACCUGCAGCAGUACAUCAAGGGUGACCUGAAGCCAGAAGCUGAGAUCAAAAUCAUCCAGACUAUUGUUCAGCAUGGCAUUGAAAGGGAAGAGCUCAGGAACGAAAUCUACGUACAGUGUAUCCGUCAGAUCACCAACAACCCGGUCCAGGAGUCUCUGGACAGGGUGUGGCUGCUGCUGUCCCUCUGUGUCGUCUCAUUCCCGCCCGGGAAAAUACUGUUCAAGUACUUUGUGAGUUUCCUGCGCAAAUCGCAGUACUCUUCAGACAGCCGGGCGCUCCAGUACGUGCAGUGGUGUCUUGACAACUGCAAACACUCGCACGUCACCUGCAGAAAGAACCCGCCCAGCACUGUCGAGAUCACGGCGAUGAAGCGUCUGGGCACCAUCGUGUGUCGCUUCUUCUUCAUGGACGGCAUGACGAAGGCGGUGGACGUGCACCCGAUGGACACAGCCGCCGACGCCAUGUCCAAGAUCGCAGACAGGAUCGGCCUGUGGAACCUGGAGGGCUGGGCCGUGUUCCAAGCCACCGCCGAGGGCGAGCAUCACGUCAAGUCACACGAGUACCUCUAUGACGUUAUCGCCUCCUGGGAAAUUGAGAAGCAGCAGCGCUCGACGCGCGCCGCCGAGUCCCCCGCCAGCUCUCCGAUGCUGCGGCGACAGUCUGCCGUCGGAGUCGGCGCCGGUGAGAACCGGUUCAUCUUCAAGAAGCGGCUCUUCAAGGCCACCAGGGAGAUCCCGAGCGACCCGGUGGAGGUGCACAUGCUCUACUCGCAGGCUGUCUAUUCGGUAGUACAGAGUGACAACCUCCCAGUGAGUGAGAAAGUGGCACUGCAGCUGGCGGGCCUGCAGGCUCAGGUGCUCCUCGGGGACCCCAAGGACAAGUACGAUCACUACUCAGACGUGGGCACGUUCCUGUCUCAGCGAAUCGCCUCCACUAAACGGCGACCAGACUGGAUCCCGAUAAUCGCCCACGCGCACCACCAGUACGGCGCCGGAAAGUCAGAGCUGGUGGCCAAAAUCUGGUACCUCUCCUGCGUGAUGCAGUACCCUGUCUGGGGCACCACCCAGUUCCCGGUCAAGUACAAAGGAUACUGGCCGUACGGGAGCAACCUCAACAUGGGCAUCAACUGCGAGGGCAUCCUACUGAUCCGGCCCGACGACAAGUACGUGAUCGUCGAGUUUCCGUACGGCGACGUCGAGUCGAUCCUGCUGGAUCCCUCGGACGACUUCAUCACCAUUAACCUGCACCGCAACCACGACGCCCAGCGUGUGUUCGUGUUUGAAGCCAAGUGGCGAGACGAGAUGGGCGCCCUGAUUGCCAGCUACUCGCCCGAACACGCCACCUGGAUCAGAGAGGUGGACAACAUCAGUCGACGGGUUCAGCACAUAACCAACGAUGAUCGGAUGCGACUCCACUACAACGUGGUUCAGUGCCGUCGGAACAUAGUGGAUGCCGACAUGGUGCGAAAACCCGUGGAUCCGACGAGCUCCAACUUCUUCAAAAACACACUGAGAAGGUUCAACAAGGCCAAGCUGGAGAAGCUGCGACAGACGGCGCCGGCCGGCAGCGCCGCCGACGGCACCGACUCCUACAAGGGCUUCGACCGAGCCUUCUGGGGCUUCUGUCGCCAGCCCAUCACCCAGAGUCUGACCAGGAUCACCGAGCCGGAGACCGAGGAGACGGCCGUGCAGAUCUUCCAGGCAGUGCUCAUGUUCUCGGGCCUGCUGCACAGCGAUCAACUUUCGGAGAACUCGACCGACGAGAAUAACGUGCGACUUGUGCAGGGUAUUAUCGACCGCGCCAUGAAAAACGAAACGCUGCUGAAUGAACUCACACUACAGCUAAUAAAGCAGACAACAGAUCACCCCGAUCCGAACUCGCGAGUGAACCGGCGCCAUUGGUCCCUGAUGGCACUUCUCUGCUCCACGGUCAUCCCUUCGUACCAGCCGACCAAAAAGUAUCUGGCCGCCCACCUGACCAAGUGCGCCAGCGAUUAUGUCACUGAGGAGGGCAAGUACGCCCGGUUCGCCGAGAAGUGCAUGCACAAGACGAUCCACUGUCGUCGGCGACAGUGGGCGCCCUCCCGCCAGGAGGUGCUGUGUACGGUCAACUGUCGGCCCAUCCACGCGCGCUUCCACUUCAUGGACGGCCAGUUCCACAGUGUGGAGUUUGAGGCGGCCGCCACGGCCGGAGAGGUGCUCCAGCUGGUCAAAGAGAAGAUCGGCCUCAAGCCGGACGCCAGAGGUUACGCCAUCUAUGAGGUGCUCGGCCAGAGCGAGCGCAAUCUGCUGCCGGAUGAGACGCUGGCCGAUGUGAUGUCCAAAUGGGAACGGUACCAGACGGCUACGGCCGGCACGGACAAGGCGCGCAAGCAGCACAUCUUCCUCUUCAAGAAGCACCUGCUGUGUGACGAGACCCUGGACCUGGAGGACCGGGUGGAGAAGGAGUUGCUGUACCAUCAGAUGCUGCACAACGUGCGCAACGACAAGUUCCCGCUGACAACCAUGGAGGCGGUGAUGCUGACCGCGCUGCGGGCGCAGAUUGAGCUGGGUGACUACAACCUGUCGUCAAUCGACUACCAGCAGGUGAUGGCCUACACGCUGCCGCCGCGCGUCGCCGCCGUCGCCUCCGUCCACACCGUCACCGUCCACCACCAGAGCCUGGAGGGCAUGUACGACCAGGCCAAACAGGCCUUCCUCAACCUCAUCCAGUCGUGGCCCUUCUACAGAGCCAGCAUCUUCGAGGUGGUG